GCCAGCGCGGCACCCCCGCAACAUGGAGGGCUGGCGAGGAGCCUGGUAUGUGCCAUGUCUAGCUUCACUUGAGACCCUCCAAGAAUUAUGUAGGAAGGAAAAUCUCACAUGUAAAUCCAUUGGAAUCACCAACAGGAGUCUAAAGAGUUAUGAGGUGGAAUAUUUGUGUGACUACAAGGUAGAAGAGGGCAAAGCAUACUAUCUUGUGAAAUGGAAAGGAUGGCCAGAAUCUUCAAAUACUUGGGAACCUCGGAAACAUCUGAACUGCCCACUGCUUAUUCAGAACUUUCUUAGAGACAAGAAUGAAUACUUGUCUCGGGUGAAAGAAGGUAAUGCAAUGAAAAUGAGAAACCACGUUAAAACUUUGAAACCUGCAAUUGCAGAUUAUAUUGUAAAGAAGGCUAAACAAAGAAUAGCUCUGCAGAGGUGGAAAGAAGAACUCAACAGGAAAAAGAAUCACAAAGCAAUGAUUCUGGUAGAAAACACUGUGGAUCUUGAAGGCCCUCCUUUAGACUUCUACUACAUUAAUGAGUAUAAACCUGCUCCAGGAAUAAAUGUGCUCAAUGGAAUAACAACUGGCUGUGAAUGUGCUGACUGCCCUGCUGAGAAGUGCUGUCCAAAGGAGGCUGGGUUUAUUUUGGCUUACAAUAAACGUAAGAAAUUGAAAAUCCAGCCUGGCUUGCCCAUCUAUGAGUGCAAUUCAUAUUGUAGGUGUGGGCCUGACUGCCUGAAUAGGAUUGUACAGAAAGGGACCCCGUAUUCCCUCUGCAUCUUCAGAACCAACAACGGCCGUGGCUGGGGAGUAAAAACCCUCCAGAGAAUUAAAACCAACAGUUUUGUGAUGGAGUAUGUUGGAGAGGUGAUUACAAGUGAGGAAGCAGAGAGGCGAGGCCAGUUCUAUGACAACCAGGGAAAUACAUACUUGUUUGAUUUGGACUAUGAUUCAGAUGAAUUUACAGUAGAUGCUGCUCGAUAUGGAAAUGUGUCCCACUUUGUGAACCACAGUUGUGAUCCGAAUCUUCAAGUCUUCAACGUGUUUAUUGAUAACCUCGACUUGCGUCUUCCUCGAAUAGCGCUGUUCUCUACCCGGACCAUCAAGGCUGGAGAAGAGCUAACCUUUGACUAUCAGAUGAAAGGUUCAAUAGAUCUGACUUCAGACUCUGCUGAAGGUCUUAGCCCAUCCAAAAAGAGGAUCAGAACUGUCUGUAAAUGUGGAGCCGUGUGUUGCAGAGGUUAUCUCAACUGAGUUUGGGUAUCCAAAGUCACAAAUAGUUUGUUCUUUUUUUAAUGUGUUUUAAGAAGUCUCUUCUUUCACAUAUAUAUUCAAGUAUUCUUACAUCUAAUGUAAAUAAGGAUGAAAACAAGGUAUUGUAUUUGUAAUUGAAAUGGCAUUGGCCAAAGAUAGAGACUGUGGCGUUUCAAGCCAAUACAAAACUGAUGAUGGGAGAUUAAAAAUUAAUUUUUCUAGAGCAGUUGUUUAGGAAGCCAUAAAAUGUAUGCCAAGAAAACUCUAAAACAUACCUUGAUUUGAAUAUUCCUAGAAUCACAAAAUAAGCUGCUUUGGAAGGGUCAUCAUGUCCAACUCUUAGUCCUGCACAGGACAUCCCCAAGAGUCACACCCAGUGCCUGAAAGGAUCUGGAACUGCC